AAAGGAGGGUGAGGGGGAUCUUGGUUUCAUGGUUGGCUGAGGGAGCUAGCAUUACAUGAGAGUGAAUCGGAGUGAUGACAUUGUUUCGAAGUACCAGCUGAGUGCACCUAUACAUUCACCUCUGCAGAGGUUGGGCUAUUCACCUGUCUGAGCCACAAAGGGGCAACCAAGUGGAUACCAGAUGGAUAAAACUCUGCCCAGGUCAGAGUGGACUGACAUUUUGAAAUGAAUUAUCAGUGCCAAGAUUGUUUUAGAGGAAACUGGGGAUUGAUUCUGGAUCAGCAGGCCCUGGCUUUUUACUGUUUGAAGAACUGUGAUAUGUGAAGAAAGACAAGCAUAGUGAGCAUGAGUUAAGGAGCAAGGUACCCCUCUCAUCUGAUGACUGAAUAUUCAAGUAUGCAACCUGCUUCACAGCUUGCUGAGAGGAGCAUUUACUUUUGUACUGCUACUAUUGUAGAAUUCCUGAAGAGCACAUUACAUCUUCAAAAAGUCAGAUGGAGAAAAAAUAUCCAGCAAUUGCAGGAAAGGAAAAAGGGCCAGGACCUGGACGCUAUAGACUUCCUCCCACCAUCGGAUUUGUUGGCCAUGACUUCACUAAGCCAACCAGCCCUGCCUACUCUUUCCACGGCAGAAUGAGUAAUAACAUGUAUUGUGUCGAUUCCAGCCCAGGUCCUCAAUAUCACCUUGAUGCAAAGAUCACUCGCUUUGGCAAAGAUGGCAUGCCUGCAUACUCAAUGUUGGGUAGAGUAAAACCACAGCAAGAGCUAUUCUACACUCCUGGACCUGGUGCCUACAGCCCCGAGAGAGCGCCACCAUGCAACCUGCAGCGCAGACCUCCAUCCUAUACAAUGGGAGCUCGCACACACUACCGCAGCGUAGACCCAGUUCCUGCUCCUAACAAAUACUGUCUGCCUUCACUUCUGGGCCCUCAAGUCGCCAACAAGCCAGCCAGUGCAAGUUACACCAUGUCAGGUAGUUUAAGUGUAGGGGGACCGUCCCUGGAUUUAGCCAAAACACCUGGGCCCUGCAGCUACAACAGUACAGACCCAAAUAUUUACCUGCCCCGAAAGCCUGCGUUUUCCAUGUUGGGACGCCAUAGUUUACCCAGGGAUGGCACCAAGAAACCAGGUCCAGGGACUUAUAACCCAGAGAAAGUCACAGCUCACAAGGCCCGGGCACCAUCCUACUCCAUGGGCAUCAGACACUCAGAAUUUACCACCCCACUAAUUGUCACUGUUUCUGACUGA